UAUUAUCUACAGUUGAGCUUGUUUUUAGUGGGUAAGCUUGCAAUCACCGCAGCGUUCCAAGUUUUAUACUUUUUCACUUCGGAAAUAUUUCCCACGAACUUGCGCAACAGUUUGAUGUCUUUUUGCUCGAUGGUUGGCCGUUUUGGUUCAAUGGUAGCGCCACAGACGCCUUUGUUGGCUAAAUAUUAUGAGAAUGUGCCAGCCAUAAUAUUUGCCGUUUGUGCUCUAGUCAGUGGUUGUUUGGCGCUGCUCUUUCCAGAAACUUCAAAUACAAUAUUACCGACGACAGUGCACGAGGCGGAUAAAAUUGGCAAUAGUAAAUCGUCGGAAAACCCAAACAGCAGCAAGUUUAAUUUAGAUAAUGAAAGUACUUAUAUGUAAUUAGUUAUUUAAAAAGUGUAUUGAUUUAGUAAUUUUAGAAUAAAAAUGAAA